GAUAGCAUCUAGAAAACAAAAUAGUUUUUCUUCAGACUAAAUUGUUGAGUUUGGCUGUUGUGCAUCUCUGCCGUAACUUAAAGACAAAAGAAAUGUUUUGCGUCACUUUACAAUUUUGUACUUGAAUUCAAUUGAGGAUAAUAUUUAUGUAAUGCUUGAAAACAUCUCACUGUGUGUUAUUAAAAUCGAAAUCGAUUCAACCACUAGCGAAGAGUCGGACGAAGCUGGUGCUGUUUCCUCAGAACAUCCUAACAAUCCACGUGUCCUUAAAGAGCGUGAACGUGAUAGGGGUCUUCGGAAAUCAUCACAAAUUAUCAUUGAAACAUAUAGCAAUAAGUUGUGGUCAGAAGUUGUUGCUGGCGAAGAGAUGGCCUCCACCAAGGAAAAGAAAGCAACAGUGCCAUUGACCAGCGAAAAACGUCAACGUGAAUUUCCCACUUCAAGUUCAUCGCGCGAAACCACACCACUAGAGGAGGGUCAAUGUGCCUCGGAAUUGCCCAAAGAGAUUGGUUUCUUUUCGGGUAAUCCAAGUGUGGAGAUAACCAAUGGUAUUAUACAUUUGUAUAAGAAAAAUGAACGCAAAGAGAUCAAAGAUGCUCCUUCAAAUCAACUUUGUUUAUUGGCUGUACCGGCCAGUCUAAGCUGCCACGACCUCUUGAGCUUUGUGGCUCCUUGUCACACAGAAAUUCAACAUAUACGUAUUGUGCGUGAUGGCUGUCCCAAUCAAUUUAUGGUCUUGUUAGAGUUUCGUUCGAAUUCAUCAGCCUUGGAGUUUUAUCAAACCUACAAUGGUGCAGCUUAUAAUUCUCUGGAGCCUGAUUCUCUUUGUCAUGCCGUUUGGGUAUCAGAGGUGGAAAAGGGCGAAGAUGGAUUGCCACCUUUGGGUCAUACUGAAUUGCCAACUUGCCCAGUUUGUCUUGAACGCAUGGACGAAAGCGUAGAUGGGGUACUUACAAUUCUCUGCAAUCAUGCUUUUCAUGCCAAUUGUUUAAUUAAAUGGGGUGACUCCACUUGCCCCGUCUGCCGCCAUGUUCAAACUCCCGAAUUUAUGGAAAAUUCCGUUUGCAUGGAAUGUGAAGGUACCGACUCUCUAUGGAUAUGUCUAAUAUGUGGCCACGUCGGCUGUGGUCGUUAUCAAGGAGGUCAUGCUGCUGCCCAUUACCGGGCCACAAAUCAUACAUUUGCCAUGCAAUUGGGUACAUCAAGUGUUUGGGAUUAUGCUGGCGAUAAUUUUGUACAUCGUUUAUUUCAAAAUAAAACCGAUGGCAAAUUGGUGGCCACCCAGGCGCCAAAUGAUGAGGGAGAGGAAAAAAUCGAUUCCAUACAAUUGGAAUUUACAUAUCUAUUGACUUCGCAGUUGGAUACUCAACGCAAAUACUAUGAGGAACGUAUGGAACAUUUAGAAAAGGAAUGGCAUGACUUUCGUAGCACUUUGGAGGGGGCACACAGUAAAAUGAGUGAAAUGGAGCAACGCAUACAAACGCUGAACAAGGAGAAGCAAGCUUUAGAAAGAAAAUUGCAACAAAAUAAUACCAAAUUAAAAGAGAUACAAAAACAAUUGGUUGAAGAACAGGAAAUAUCACGUGCCUUACAAACCAAUCAAUCCUCCUGGCAUAGCAAAUACAAACAGCUGGAUCAACAAUACAAGGCUUAUCGUGAUUCCAAGGAAGCCGAGCUUAGUUCCAUUAAGGAACAACUACAUGAUAUUAUGUUCUAUAUGACUGCCCAAAGUAAGAUAGCCGAAUCGGAAUUGAAAGAGGAAAUAGCCGGAGGCACCGUUGUCUUGCCCGACGAACCAACUGCCACGAGUAGUUCCACUUCCAAAGGCAAUCGCCGUAAGAAGAAACAUUAAAUGUCGAUUUAAUGGUCCAUAAUUUGUAGCUACUGAUGAUGAUAUUGAAUUGUCAUUAAGUUGGUAAGCGAAAACAUUUUGAAAAGUGGUGUGUCUGAUGGUUUUAUGGUUGGCAUUGAGCCAUUUUGGUAAACAAAUCGAAUUAUGUGAAACCUAUUAUUAAUUUAGAAAUUCCUUACGUGAACUCCACUGUAUUAGCUUUUUUAUAUGUUUAUAUAUUUAUUAUUACUAUUAAAUGUGUUUAAAACGAA